UGUAUUCCAAAUGCUCAGUGGAGUGACAGCAUGCACACAUGCCCAGGGAACACUGCCAGUGCUAACAGUGACAUGGCACUGGCCUCACAUGACAUGUCUGGGAGGGGACAGCUGGCUCCUGCCUGGAAACACACCCCUGUUGCCUUUGCCUAAACCCUCAUAAAGUUUCCACAGCAGUAGUGAAAGGUGAGGAGUUGAACUCUGGGCUCUGAAUAGGCACAAAGGACCUCUCCUAGGCUACUAUCAGCAGGAGAUGUGCAAAGAAUGGGCAGCCAGAGUUCAUGAGUGUACUAUCUUGAAAAGAUAGAAUAGAAACUGAGGAAAUCAUUAAAAGGCAACAUCACAUGUCUGUGUAAAGUACAAUUAUAAGCCUUUCCAGGCACUGUGGUUGCCUUCAGGUCUCUGCAGUGCUUGGCACAGUAGGACACCACCAAACACAACGACUAGCACUGUCUGUGCACACAGUGUGGACGAUAUGCAGCUUUGCAGGUGACCAGUGUAUUCCUCCUUUCUGAAGCACUGCAAGAAGAGUACCCCUAAGAGGUGUGCUACCAUCAGAAAGAUGAAAAAAGACUCUGGAUAUUCCACCAUGGCUGAGCAUCAGAAGCAGGAAGACAAGCUCUGGAAUGCCCUAAAGAUCUCUGCCUACGUCUUUGCUACAGGCCUGCUCAUGUUCACUGCCUUAGUGAACUCUGUUUCUUGGUUUGUGCAGAAUUUCUGGAACACUCCAGGCCAGUUCUGGCAAAAAACAUGGCUAAAACUCUACUACCAUUACGAGGGAGAUGAGUGGACCAUCUUUCUCCUUGGGGCUGCCUUGAUGCCUGGCCUGGCUUUCUGGUGCUUCAAUGGACUCCUCCUGGUGGCUGACGUGACAGGAAAGCCAACUUUCAUUACUCGCUAUCGCAUCCAGAUGGGCAAGAACGAUCCUGUGGACACAAAGAAAUUACGUCAAGCCAUCUACACAGCACUGUGUAAUCAGUUCUUUGUCUCCUUUCCCAUGCUUGUGCCCAUGUUUUAUGUCAUGCAAUGGUGGGGCAACACUUUCAGCAAGGAAUUACCCACUUUCUCCUGGUUUCUUGUGGAGCUAAGCAUCUUUACCUUGGUAGAGGAAAUUCUCUUCUAUUAUUCACACAGGCUUGUUCACCACCCAGUCCUGUAUAAGCACAUUCACAAGAAGCACCACGAAUGGACAGCCCCCAUUGGCGUGGUCUCCAUUUAUGCUCACCCACUAGAACACAUAAUCUCCAACACGCUGCCUGUCAUGACUGGUCCAAUGAUCAUGGGAUCCCACAUUGUCUCCAUUUCUGCAUGGUUCUCCCUUGCUCUCAUAACAACAAGCAUUUCACACUGUGGCUACCACCUGCCCUUCCUGCCCUCGCCGGAGUUCCACGACUUCCACCACCUCAAGUUCAACCAGUGCUAUGGAGUCCUGGGAGUGCUGGAUUAUCUGCAUGGAACAGAUACAGUGUUCAGACAAACCAAAGCCUACGAGAGACACAAGGUCCUCCUUGGCCUCACGCCACUCUCAGAAAGCAUCCCUGAUACACCCAAGAAGGCAGAGUGAGGCCAGCAGCCUGCAGUUCUUGCAGAGCAAGAGACAAUGAGUGAUGCCAAAUAAUACUGGACUGGGAACAAGUUGUUGUUGUUGUUCACACCUAGCUGAUGCUGAACAUGCUGCUUGAAAUGACUGCACUUCUGUUGCCUCUUAUUUCUUACCUAAGGCACAACUCCCUCCCUGCUCCAGAAAACUGUUUUAAAAUGAUGUUUAGAGGGGGUUUAGCCAUAAUUACCUGCACUGCUCCCUGACUCUAGCUGCCUGCUUGCAAACCAGACUCAUUUUGGGCCACAUGGCUUUGGGGAGUUCUCAGUAUUAAGGUUUUAAUCCUUCAGUCUUUACAGGCCAUGCCUUGGCCUUUCAGCAUCACUCCACAGAAACAGCAGCAAGAUCACUCUAUAUGAUAGGAUAAAAUCCACUGUUUUUC